GGGCUCCCCCCUCACUGCCCUUAGAGAAGCAGGAGAGAGAGAGAGAGAGGAGGAGGGCUCACCCCUCACUGCCCUUAGAGAAGCAGGAGAGAGAGAGAGAGAGAGAGAGAGAGAGAGAGGAUCGUUGGGGAGUUUCCAGUAAAAAUGAUUCAGCUCCCUAACAGAAUACAGUGUCCUUCACUGAGGGACGCUCAAGGAUUAUUACGGGGAAAUGGAGAUUGUAAUACUUGUUUCAUUAUUGUCUCUGUAUUGUGACUUCACCGAUGCUGAGUGCCUGGUGAUCAGUCCUGCCAGGCUGGUGGUGAAGUAUGGAGACCCAGCUUCAGCCAAAUGCACCUUCGAUCAGCCUAAGCAAAUGGGCUGGGAAGCGACCGAGGGAGGGACGGGUCUAACAGACAAGGAGGUGAAGUUCCUACACUGGAGUGUGGACAGUGUGACUGACUGGAAUAACAACCCAACAUGCUUCACAGAAGCAGGCCAGUGUCAGAAACAGCUGGACAUCACAGUUUAUAAGCUUCCAGACAGUGUCUCCAUCAGCUAUAGGAAGUACCCUGAUCCGAUGGUUGAGAAGCAUCACUACCAGCUACAAUGUCUUGUCCAGAACAUCGCUCCUAUUGAGAGACUCAGGGUGACCUUCUACAAAGUCAAUACCACUGGUGAACAGACAGAAUUAGACACACAACAGAAAUCCAAGGACAACAUCAAGACACCAGAGAAUGGGGCCUAUACUCUGGACUUCACCCCUAGUAGAGAUGAUGACGGGGCCCAGUUGUGGUGUUCAGCCAUGUUAAAUCUGGGACCAGAGGGACCCCAACCUCCUCCUGUAAUGGAAUCAGACCGCCUCAACAUCAGCGUGCUCUACAAGCCUCAGAUCACUAUGAGUCCUGGAUGUUUCUCCAAGAACAUCACAGAGGGCGACACCUUAUCACUUAACUGUAGUGCAAAGGGUAACCCUGCCCCCUCCUACGAUUGGUUGCACCCCCAAUCCGCCCCCGCCCCCAACACCACAGAAGAGAGAUCCGUAGUGACCAUCACCAACAUGGCCAAGUCUCACUCUGGAGAGUACACCUGCAUCGCCAGAAACCCCCUGGGAAACAGCACCUGUACUGUUAACGUGGAGGUCACAGGAGCUUCCUGUCAGGCUGCUGGAAGUGCCAUGGUGGCUGUGCUGCUCCUCCAACUCAUUCAUUGGCUGUAAGACCACUUCCUGAACCCACUGAUUGGCUGAAUACAUGCGAUUCUUUUUUUACAGCUGUGAGUGGGGGCUGUCUGUCCACUUUCUGCUGACUAUUGAUUCAUUCGUUUAUUGAUUGGUUGAUUGGUUACCAUGCCUACAAUACUUUGAUAAUAUUACCUUGUAACUUUAUGAUUUUGCCUUAUAUACAGAACCAGUCAAAUGUUUGGACCCACCUACACAUUCAAUGGUUUUCCUUUAUUUGUACUAUUUUCUACAUUGUAGAUAGUGUGCACAGCUGUCAUCAAGGCAAAGGGUGUCUACUUUAAAGAAUCUAAAAUAUAUUUUGAUUUGUUGAACACUUUUUGGUUACUACAUGAUUCCAUGUGUUAUUUCAUAGUUUUGAUGUCUUCACUAUUAUUCUCCAAUGUAUAAAAUAGUAAAAAUAAAGAAAAACCCUGGAAUAGUAGGUGUGUCCAAACUUUCGAUAUAUAUAUAUAUAUGGAUUUCAUUUAUUUUACAAAUUGUAUUGCCUGCAUUUUAUUUCACUAUCUCUGACCAUUCGUGAUCUUAGUCAGCUAUGACACAUAAUACUUUAUUUCACAUUUCCUUAUUAAGUUAUGGUGUCAGAUAAAAUACAAUGAACUAGACUUUGUUAAUAUACAAAUGACGUUGGUCUAGGUGAGGAUUUUUUCUGCACUAGUGUGUCAAUAGCAGGACAUCUUUGACUCUAGAUUACACCGACUUAACGUACUUUACAUUGUUUGCGAGAUCAGACAUGAUAUCAUUCUAAUCCGAGUGUUCAUUUUAGGCAGUUGCUUUCAUUUCAGCGCGUCUAAUUUGUAAACAUUUCAACUGUAUUAAAUUAUAACUUUUUUCAAUUCCAUAAAACAUUAACAUGA